AUGAAGCCGAUUAAAAAGCAAGGAAGGCGCUCGCCCCCGUCGACCCGAGCCAAAGGGGGGAAGAGACGGGGGACAGGGGACAGUGGAGAGAAAAGAGACUCGGACGAGAACAGAGACCGAUCCCCCAAAAGUCAGACCUCACCCCAAACCUCAUCUCACUCAGAGUCUUCUCAGGAGGAGUCGGUGACACUCACAACGAUGGCCACGCCAGAGAGGGAGGGCCACAGAGAGGGGCCCCGGGUCCCAGAGACAGCGGCCGCAGCAGCAGGGUCCCUCCCUGGGAAGUCGGAGGACUCCCUCCCGGGGAGCUUCAAAUCGCUGAGCGCCCACAGCACAGACAGCAGCAGCAGCGCCACCAGCGCUGCCAACAGCCCCAACCCCUCGUCCAACCGCAAGACGGCCACCUUUAAGGCCCGCGUCCCCAAGAAGAAGUACACCUCUGAGCACUGUGCUGCCGCCGCCGCUGCCGCCGCCAACCACGGAGGCCCCGGCAACACCGGCGCGCCUCCACUGAACAGAAAUAGUGCUCACAGUGACAGUAACGCCGGAAGUCAGUUGUCGAGCUUAUCUUCGGGGCCUGGGUCGGCGGCGAGGGAGGGCGGUUCGCUCACUGACAUCAACAGUCAGACCAGGAGACCAGUGGAGGACUACAUUACCACCAUAGCUCCACCACAGGACAGGGACAACACACCUGGACCCCCUCCCACAGGGGACAGAGACAGGAGAGGCCCAGAGGGAGGCAGAGAAAUCUCCCCCAGCCCUGUCCGCUGCUCCUCUACAGACACGGCCAGCGAACACGACCUGGACGUGAGCGAGCCACACCGCUCCAACUCUCACCACGCCAACCCCACCCCCGAAGCACACACCCUGGCCCUGGUGCAACGUAGCACCCCGCAAACUCCGACCCCACAGAGCCUGUCGGACGCGCUAGCCGACGCCCUGGCCAAAGGUCUAAAGAACCAGCGGGUGCUAGCCAGGCAGGCUCGGAGGAGGACUGGAAAGGGGGAAGAGGAGAACAGAGGAGGGGGUAGGGAGAGCAUGGACUCAGUGUUCAGAGCGGGCGUGGUUCGGCGGGUGAGCGGCGAGCACGGCAGCCUGGAGGUGCAGCUGAACGGCGAGAAGGAGCUUUACCGCUACCCAUUUCGUCAGGGCGCCCAGGGACCCGUGGACAUUAUCAUGGACGCCCCGCCACCCGGCUCCCAAGCCGUCCCCAUCGGCACCCCUGUGUGCGUGCCCUUCGGAGGCAACGAGGACGGCGGCACCACAGAGGCCCAGCGCCAGUGGUACCGAGAGGGCCUGGUCACCCAGGUGGACUCCCACCCGGCUGUGUCCUACCCCUAUAGAGUGUUGUUAGAGGAUAGAGUGCCCCCAGGGGAUGAGGAAGGGGAUGGCAGGGUGGGCACUCCGACCGCUGUGUGGGUGUCCCGCCAGAGCCUCCGCCUGCUGGUGCCCCCCUGGGACCUGGACCUGGGACCCUGCGGAGGGGGGCGAGAGGAAAGCGAUGCCGCCGCCAAGAGAGGGCGAGAGAGGGAGAGAGAGAAAGAGGACAGGGAUGAGAUAGAGGUGGAGCAGGAGCUGUGUCGCCUCAGCCGUGGGAUGGGGCUCAGCGCGGCUGUGGCUGGGUCCGUGUUGGGGAGGCUUUCAUACCCUGGAACGGCCCCCGCCUCCUCGUCUUCCUCCACUGUCAGCUCCCCCGUCACCCCCGCCUCGGUGCUGAGUCUGGUGCCCGGAAGAGACUGGGAGCGAGAGAAGGACCUGGAGGACAUAGAGGUGUCUCACUUCAGCAUGGUGCCCAUGGGGGCGGCGGGGGGGGCGGUCAACACAGGCCCACUGACGGUGUCCCAACACAGGCACAUACUCUCCAAGCCGCCCCCGGGCUACCUCAGCCCCCACCUGUCUGUGGUCCGGAGCCUCGGAGGCACCCCGCUGGUGGGCCCCCACCUGGCCCUCAACCCCCACCCCCCUCCCUCCCCCACGGCCGCCCUCUUCAAAUUCCAACUCCCACAGCGCAUCUGGAGGGGUGGAGGCUCGUGCUCGGGUUCGACUUCCUCGUCGCGCUCCCGCACCCCGCUCACGGCGGCCCAGCAGAAGUACAAGAAGGGCGACGUGGUGUGUACCCCCACGGGCAUCCGCAAGAAAUUCAACGGCAAGCAGUGGAGGAGGCUGUGCUCCAGAGAGGGCUGCUCUAAGGAGUCCCAGAGAAGAGGCUACUGCUCGCGUCAUCUCUCCAUGAGAACUAAAGAGAUGGAGGCCAGCGGAGGGGGCAGAGACCGUGGCGGGGCCAGCAGUACGGGCACCCUAACCCCGUCAGACCUGAGGCUGGGCGGCGGCCGGACCAGUUCAGAGUUCGACUGGGACAAUACGUCGCGAGACAGCAGCGAAGCGAGCAGUAGGGGAGGGGAUUCACGACCCCGCCUGGUCCUGCCCUCGCUCCUGCCCCAGGACUUAUCACGCUUCGACUUUGAUGAGUGCGAGGCGGCCACAAUGCUGGUAUCUCUGGGCAGCUCCCGCUCGGUCACGCCUUCCUUCUCUCCCAUCUCCAACCAGUCACCCUUCUCGCCCACACCGUCGCCCUCGCCUUCCCCGCUUUUCGUCUUCCGCCCGGCCACCUUCAGCCCCAUCACGGCGCCGCCUUCGCUCACCCCUCGCCGCCACCGCCACCUGAGCGGCACUAAGGUGGGUACGCCGGGCUUGGAGCGCGAGCGCCAUCUGUCGGGCAUCGUACCCACCUUCCAGACCAACCUCACCUUCACUGUGCCCAUGAGCCCCAGCAAGCGGAAACUUGAUGCCCUUCCUCCGCCCCUGCCCCUCUCUGCCCAGGAUUACUCCAAGCCCGACCAGCAGUUAGGGGAGAAUAUAGGCCUAAGCCCAGCCGCCUUCAGGGUGCUCUCUCCUCAGAGCCAGCCCACCACCCCCUCCUCCCUCUCCUUCCCCCGGCCCCGGAGCGCCACCAGCCGCCCCCCGUCCUCCGCCGCCUCCACCCCCCCGCCAAUGCUGGUUUCUCCCACCCCUCCCUCCCCCCUUCCCCAGGACCCCAGUCCCCGCCGCGUCGUGCCCCUGCGAGACUCCCCCGUCAUCGUGCGGAACCCCGACGUCCCUGGCCAAGUUCACAGAUGGACCCCUGGUGAGGAGGGGAGGAGGAGGCCGCUCCUCCAGAGAGCACAGCCAGCCCCUGCACCUUGCCACCGGCCUCAAGCACCCGUGCCCAUCAACGGCGCCGCCACCAAUGGCGCAGUCCUCCUGCGAAACCCUGCCUCCACCCUUGUCCUUGUAACCUCCUCCCAGUCCCUGACCCCAGCCGUCGCCGGACACCCUACACACUCCAGCCCCACCCUCGGUGGUGGCUCCGCCUCCAUCUCCUCGACUGGCUCCGCCCUCUCCAGCUCUGGAUCAGGAGGUAGGGAGUGGGAGAGGAAGCCCGGCGGGCACCAGGACGCCAUUGGAGGGGCAUUGCCCCAGCCGGUAGCCUGCCACCCCUCUCCAACCGCCCUGCUGCCCCUCAUCCUACCAGCCGAGUCCCCUCACCCUGCACCCCGCAAGGACAUCAUCAUUGGACGACCCGGGACAGUAUGGACCAAUGUGGAGCCUCGUUCAGUGCCAGUGUUUCCUUGGCAUUCAUUGGUCCCUUUCCUGGAGCCCAGCCAAUCGAGUGCGGCUGCCCAGCCCGCUGAUGGCCAACAGCUUGUCAAUCAGAGCAAAGAGCCCCGUUGUGGGGUGGCCGUAGUGAGUGACGGAUGGGUGGGUCCACCAGACGCAGAGCAAGGGUCUCCAUCCCGCCCACCACCCUCCUCCAAUGACAACGACCCCCCAGCUGGAAGAGCAGAAAGAGGUGGAGCCGACAGCGAGACGGAGAGCGAUGCAGACGACCCGUUUUUUCCGGGUGUAGCCAAUGAUCCUGCCCCGUCUACGGGCCCUAUCAAGAGGCGCACUCAGUCCCUCAGCGCCCUUCCCAAAGAUGGAGACAGAAAGAGGGAAAAGGACCACAUUCGGCGGCCAAUGAACGCGUUCAUGAUUUUCAGCAAGCGUCACCGGGCACUGGUUCAUCAGAGGCACCCCAACCAGGACAACCGCACGGUCAGCAAGAUCCUGGGCGAGUGGUGGUACGCCCUGGGGCCCAAAGAGAAGCAGAAGUACCACGACCUCGCCUUCCAGGUGAAAGAGGCUCACUUCAAGGCCCACCCAGACUGGAAGUGGUGCAACAAGGACAGGAGGAAGUCUAUCUCUGAGGGCCGAGAGACCCCAGGAGCCAAAGAGGCACGCGAGAGGAGCAUGUCGGAGAGCACAGAGCCUGAGUCAGUCUCUCAGGGAAUGGAGGCGAAGGGUGCGGCAGGCCCGGACUGGCCUGGGGGCUCUGAGCGUCAUGUGGGGGCCUACAGUGGUCAGCUCCCUCGCCCCCGGGCCUUCUCCCAGAGUGCAGUACACAGCCUGGAGAGGAGGGAGCGGGCCAGAGAUGUGGAGAAGUUGUGUCGAGAUGGGGCAGGCUCAUUCCGCAGCCGCCCCCCUACUCUCUCCCUGACACAGUGUGGGGCCAGCGAGGACGUGACCAGCGACGAGGAGCGCAUGGUCAUCUGUGAGGAAGAGGGGGACGAUGAUGUCAUGGAGGAUUCGUGCCCUGAGGGAUCCAUAGACCUCAAGUGUAAAGAGAGAGUGACUGACAGUGACGAGGAUGAGCCGGAUGGACAGCGAGUUUUCCAGCCAGUGGUCCGCUCCUCUCUCCCCUAUGCCACCAGCACCUCCCACGCCGACUCUCACUCCGACUCUACCAAGGGGAACACAGGGGGGAGCACUGGAGAGAGCUCUGAGAGGAAGAGAAAACGAGGGAUGGAGGGAGGAGAAGAGGGAAGUGGAGAAUCCAAAAAAGGAGGUGGAGGGGGGCAGGUUCCCUCUAAUUCCAUCCCUGGAUCGGCGCCCUUCACCUCGACCCCCGCUCUGGGUUAUGGACUCACCCAGGUGCUCGGUGCAGUCCGGAUGGCCCCCACCAUGGUGACCAAUGUGGUAUGCCCCAUCGCCAGCACGCCAAUCCCUAUCACCAGCAAGCCAAUGGAAGGUCACAUCGCCCUCAGUGCCCUCCCUGGGGAGAAGAAAGCCACGCUUCUGAUUGGUGGACCGGGAGCAAUAGGUGGGCCUAUCACAGCAGGGGGUGGGUACUUGUCCUCGUCCUCUCCCAAUCCCGUGAGUGUGGGGCCGGGGGGGCUGCAGGUCACCAGUCUAGUGCUGGGAGGAGCUUUCCCCAACCAGUCUAUACAGCUCAUAGCCCCGCCUCAGCAUCUCUUAAGUCCCACCCACAGCACCCUGCCACUUCCCCUCCCCCUGCUGCAGCCCCAGUUCCUUCCUGCCGCCUCUCUCACCUCCGCUGGCGGUGCCAAGCCUGGCCUCACCCAGGUGCAGUACAUCCUGCCCAUCCUGUCUUCUGUCAGUGCCAACCCCAAGAGCCCCUCCCCACAGCUAACCCAGCAGCCAACCGGCAUCCUCACGCUGCCCUCCACUCCGCCCACCCAUGUCUUCCAGGCCAAUGGAAUACAUUCGGGGGCAGGAGCGGGAAUAAGAUAUGCCGCAGUGGGAGGGGUCAGUCCUGGAGCAAGAGCCCAGUCUCCAGUCUUGCAGAGCAAGAUGUUGGUUCCCAUGGCAACAGUGAGAACAGGCUCUACUCCUCCUCAGCCCAUCUCCCACGUGGCCCCUCCCCUUCCUGUGCAAAAUGGUGCUCUACCAGGAAACAAGAUCAUCCACAUCGCCCCCAUGCCAAUGGUCCAGACAAAUGUCCACCCUGCUGGAGCAGUGCAUCCUGGGAGUCCCUUCCCUGUAUCCAUGGCAACAGCCACUUUGAUGACUCCGGGCAUCAAACCCCCUCAGACUGUGUUGCUGACCUCGCCUCCAACAAGGAUCACUUAUGUCCAAUCCAGCACUGGAGUGGUCUCCACGGCAACGGUCCAGGCCCCUCUCUCUCCAGGACCCACCUACCUGCCGUCGUCCCUGAAGUCUCUGGGCUUCACCGCCAUUUCUCCGGCCGGCCAGGCCCUGAUGCAGCCUCUCGUAGCGGGCCAACCGCCCUUGCUAGCCCCAGCCCUUUCCCCUGGAGCCCCGGGGACGGGACGUCAACUCCUCACCGCCAUCUACCCGGCCCCAAGCAUCACCCUAGCGUCAGGUGUGGUCGCCAUGACCUCCGUGCCCCCCAAUUUGGCUCAAGAAGUGUCUGGCCAAUCAUCAGCCUCGGCUGUCGGCGUGCAGGGUUCAAAGGACGUUACCCGGUCACAUGAAGAGGGAAUGCCACACCUGACUGCAGAGUUGGAGCAAAAGUCACAGGUGGAGGGCCAGGCCCAACGGAAGAACAAGGCUCAGAUAAAGAAAGAGAAUACGACGGAGGAUGCCGAGGCAUAUAGCAAACCUGGUGCUAACUCAAUGGCUAUGUCCAGCAGCAAAAUACCAGCAGGGAGUGAAGAAGACGGUGGUCGAGCCAGCCACAUGAAAGAAGAGAAUACGGACGAUGACCGAGAUUAUGCCAGAGGGAAUGGAGAGAGGGAGAGUGAGAUAAAGAAGGAGAUUGGGACGCCUGAACCAGAGGAGUCCAGGGAGGCAGAAGAUUGGCCCCAUGAGGGCCACAACAAAGGGGACAGUGGCAACGGGGGCCACAGCAAAGAGGCUGGACCGAGGGAACCUCUCCACCCUACCACAGGACUGGACCCUCCUCCGCCUCCCCCACAGACUGACAGGGACGUGCCCCCCUCAGCCAAGAAGACCAAAUUCCGCCCCCCGCCGCUCAAAAAGCCCUCAGACGCCAUUGAAAAGGUCCUGUCGGGGUCCUAUUUCGAGGAGCGCUUUGCCGAGCUGCCAGAGUUCAGACCAGAAGAAGUGCUGCCCUCUCCCACCCUACAGAGUCUGGCCACCUCCCCCCGAGCCAUACUGGGCAGCUACCGGAAGAAGAGGAGGAACUCCACAGACCUGGACUCGUCUGCAGAGGACCCCAGCUCUCCCAGGAGGAAGGCUGCCGCUCGGAGCCGUCUCUCCAGCUGCAGCUCGGAGCCCAACACACCAAAGAGCGAGGUCAAGUGUGAGGGGGACAUCUUCACCUUCGACAGAGCUGGUGCUGAGUCUGAGGAUGUCCUGGGGGAGAUGGACAAAGUGCCGUACUCCUCUCUCCGGAGGACUCUGGACCAGCGCAGGGCUCUCGUUAUGCAGCUCUUCCAGGAACACGGCUUCUUCCCUUCAGCUCAGGCCACUGCAGCCUUCCAGGCACGAUACUCAGACACCUUCCCCACCAAACUGUGUCUGCAGCUGAAGAUCAGGGAGGUGAGGCAGAAGAUAAUGCAGACAGCCACACCUGGAACCCCCGGAAUCUCUGAGCCCGGCGGGUCAACAACAGGGGUCAUGGGUUCAACGGACUCCGUCUCGGCCGCCAUCGGCUCCUCCAAUACCAACACUCGAGAUGGUACAGGGACGGAGCCAGGAGAAAGAGGGCGGAGUCCCGAGGAGCCCAGGAACGUGGGCAAAUUGUAGGAAUGGAAAGAAGGAGAGAUGGAAAGAAGGAGAAAAGCAAGAGAAUGGAGAAUAGUAGGUGGAGAGAAAGUGCCAAAAGAGAGAGAGGAGUGUUGUUGUGUCCCACAGCAUGUCCUUGUACAUGUAGUAACAGGACAUCAGUUUCACUUCGGCACAGUUCUGUACUGGCUGUACCCUCAGCACAUUUGUAGUUUGACACAGAACAUUCUGUGGUACACACCAGUGGAGGCUGGUGGGAGAAGCUAUAGGAGAGGGGGAUGGCUGGAAUGGAUUCAUUGUAAUGGCUGGAAUGUAAUUAAAGGAACGGAGUAAAGCACGUGGUUUCCAUAUGUUUGAUACCGUUCCAUUUAUUCCACUCCAGCCCUUACAACGAGCCCGUCCUCCUAUAGCUCCCCCCCCACCAGCCUCCACUGGUACACACAUUCUUACUGUCUCUCUCUCGCGCACACACACCCCACCAACUCAGACUGUUACUCUUGGGUGGCAGUCACGAGCAUUGUCACACAGAUGUACACAAUGGCACUUUGUAACAAUUUGUGCGGAUUCAGUUUGCAGCCCUCUGUUGCCAUUGACUUCCCUCCCUCCACUCCUCAGCACAGUGGUUGGGAUGUAUCCAAUGUAACAUCCACUGAAAUUCCACAGCCCCUCUAUGCUGCAACAACAGACAGCACUGAACUGGACACACACUGCACACACACAGUCUGCCAGUCAACUCAACACUCGCCUGACCAAGCCUUUGGCCUGCACAGUUUUUAGAGAUUGGAGAAAGUGAGUCAACCAUUGGCUCCCGAAAAAGGGAGGCUGGACUCAGCGUGACCAUUGACCAAUCCCUGGCCCAAUCAGUAAUCAACGUCACAGACAGGCUGAGUUCCUAUUGGCUGGAGAGGAUGUUGUAUAUUGAGGUUUCCCCCCUUGUGGACGCCGUUAUGAGAUAUGAAAUAUGUAAAGCUUGAAGGGUGAUGCGUGACAAAGCAACAAACUCAACAUUGGUUGGCUGUAAACGAGCACAGAGAAAGGCUGAACGAGACACAUCGUCCAUUCAUUGGUCAACUCAAGAGGCUGCGGAUUCCACCAAGGAAGCCGGAAGCAGAUGAUGUGACAUGGCUCACUUGGCUCCCAAGUGACAGUUGACAAGCAAAAGUAGAUUUAUAACCAACGUCUAGGAGUCACCCAGUGGAUAUGUUGCUUUAUCUUGUAUUGUUGCAGUGGAAAUAACACGUUUUUUCUGUGGCCUGUUUUCUCUCUUGUGGCUCUCAUUGGUGUAUCUCCAGCAUAAACUUAUAUAAAAGGGGUUUGGAAACAGCCCACGCAACCCCUCUUCUAAAUUUUACUUUGGGCCAUUCCCCCUCUCCCAUGACUGCUCAGUAGACACAUAGAGGAGGGGGCAGGCAGUUUGUUUUUAAACGUUGAAAUCAGGUGUUUGCACAAUGUGUGGUCUUGUGACUGCAAUUUAAAUCAGGAAAGUAUUAUUUUUAGAGAUUGUUUCUUAGAAAUAACCUUGUUGUUCAAUGUUAUCAAUCCCCCCUUCUUCCAUUUGGAGCCCCUUUCCCCCUUGCUUCCUUUCCCUGCCCCUCUAACUAACUAAGUGUUGUUAGAAAGUGCCCUUAAGCACUGGUCCGGGGUCAGUUCUGUUACGUAGCUCAGGAUGGCUCUGGUUAGAGUUUAGUUCAGGGAAAACAGAUCCUAGACCAGCCCCGUAGGGCAUUCUCUGGAGCCCUCUCUCUUCCCUCUGCCACUUUAUUUUUUUCCUUAUUAAAUGGUGCAAUAGGACAUUUGGAAUGGGUGGGUUAUGUGGGUCUGUGCCAUAGAUAUUUACAGUACAGUCAGAAGACCCAUUCUAGCAACUAUGGCAUAAGAAGAACUCUCUGAGAUUGCUAUAUUUGAAGAGAUAGAGCAUAGCUAACUAACUAAAGUCAAAGACAUUCAAAUAGCACUUUUUGCCUCUUCACUUGUUUUGGGAAGAGUUGGGGUAGUUAUGGGUGUACCUUUAUUUCUCUGUAUACAUUUGGAUGUGUGAAAAAUAUCUAUAUUUCCAUAUGUGCAUAUAGAUGUUGUGUGUGUGUGUUUGCGCACAUGCAUGUAUGGACUCGGCCACACCCUUCACAUAACAUACAAUAAGACAUUAUCAAUCAUAUAUGUUCUUCACAUAUACUGGAGGCAGUAUUUUUUUUACAGUCACCAGGACUAUUAUAUGCCACCUUGACUGUUAUAUUAAUGAGAUAGUCCAAGAUCAAACGCAUAGAAUUUAUCAAAGAUUUGUUGAGUCUUGCAAAGGUGAGGCGUGAAAUGAUUCCAUGAACAUGCAUGUGCGCACGCAAACACACAGACAUACAUACACACACACACACACACACACACACACACACACACACACACGAAUGCGUGUACACUGUAUGAUUGUGCUUAAAAUAAACUGUCCAUACCUUGGAGAAGGAAUUUUAGAAUGAGAGAGAUGAGUGUGAGCUCAUAAACAGGCAUGUUGACCAUGUGCAAUAUUUCUAAGCAAAAUAAACAACUAAAUAUUGAAAAUAUUAAAAGACCUAACACAAUA